AUGGAGUCGUCGAGUGAAAUCAGCGAUACGUCUCACGAGAGAUCCUUGCAAGCAUGGUCGGAUUUGAGGCGCCACCAAAUCCUCCUCGAUGCAGACGAGUUCGUCACCAAAUAUGAUUUGGACGACCUGCGCAAUGAGAUACGCACCGGCGCCCUCCUCCUCGAGGACCCGGACCAUGUCGAAGGCUUGACAGAGGCGGAUGUUAGUGCGCUGGCACAGGAGAAGCGACCUAUACCUAUUUUCUCCAGAAAUCUUAUUAAGGAACUUCCGGGCUUUGCGGAAACACUACUAUCGGUGUCUGGCCCUGGCCCAGAUCUUCGGGGUAAUACAUUAAAUAAUCCACUGAUGCGUUUUGAUACGUUCGUGAGGUUCGAGCCCGCUUAUUGGGUUCUUGGGUACUGGUGCGCCGUCCCAUUGCUCCGAUCCUUUGGGCGCCGCGGUGCAAUUUAUGCAACGGUGGGCUUGAGACUAGCAGGCCUUCUUUAUGCCAUGAUAUUCCCGAAAUUGUCCUCGAACGGGGUUUCUGGUGCAUUAUAUGCAAUAACCAAAGGGAUGUUCCUGUGUAUCAUGCCGAUGUACUUUGCAGAGACAAGUCCGAUUCCAGCCCGUGGCAGUAUCCUUCUUACCUGGAAACUGACUCAAGGCCUUGGGGCGGCUUUUGGGCUUUGGAUUGCCGUAUUGGCUUCCCCAGUUGCUGCAUCCUUGCCGGCAGCAUUUUUGCUUCUUGGCGUUGGAGUGUGCUUCUGGACGGCUCCUGAAUCGCCAUACUGGCACUUCUACCGUGGAGAAAUGCGUCAGGCUUACAAGGUGCUGCUCAAGCGUCGACAAAUUGCUGCGCAGGCCAGCCGCGAUCUAUACAGGAUGUACUCAUUCAGAACGUACGACAGGCGGCUAUCCACCAGCGCACGGAGGACAAAAAGAUAUCUCCUGCAGGCGCUGGUUAUCACAACCACUCUUGCCCUUUCCUGGACAGUCCCUGGAAUAUCAGGGACCCUAGUCUUUAUCUUGAUUACGAGGAUGCCGCCGUCCGAGUGGGGCGUUUCCACUGGAGUCAUCAUGCUGCUCUCGAUGGUUGUCUCUGCUAUUAUGGUUCAUCUCGUGGAGCGUAUCGGACGGCGACGCUCAGUGCUAAUGCUAAUGGCGAUCAUGGCACUUGCUCUUGUCGUCAAUAUAUUGACUGCCCAUCAAUAUCUUGGGGGUUUCAGUCGUUGGGACCUGGGGAUUCCCCAGACCGUCAUGUUGCCAUACGGCGCUUUAUUCAUACUCAUUGAGCUAUAUGCAGCGGAAGUUGCUUGUUCCUUUGGUUCUGAUGCCAUCAUGGCAGUCAUUAUGACUAUUUGUACCCUUAGGGAUAUAUCCGCUGUAUAUCUGGCUACCAUGAUCGUUGAAAUGAAGAGCUAUAGGGUAAGAUGGAACUUCUUCGCAGCGGCUCCAUUGUCAUUGUUUCUGGCUGUACAUCUCAUUUUCAUAUUCCUCGUAUGCGUCCUCUUGAUAGAGACCAAGGGACGCUCUUUAGAGGAGGUCCGAGUUGCAUUUGACUUUCCAAUCGCCAAUCGCGUCGCCUAUCGUGUCCGUCUCUACUCGUCGUAUAUAACAAGGAGGGUUUCUUCGUCACGCCGGCAGGAUCUGGAGCCAUUCGAAGAAUCUGAAUACGGGAAUGGCGUGAUACGGUUACAAGAAGGAAACAUCGGUUAA